GCCAGUCGGGCCACGCGAUCGCGGGCAUGGAUCGCGGCUGGACGCGCCGCCGGCUUCUGCCCUGCCCGCCCGCUGGCCCGGGCGCGUCCCGUGCGUCCCCGUUGCUCCUGCUGCUGCUGGUGCCAGCCCCGCGCGUGCCCACCGCCGCCCCGCGCCGGCAGCUCGGAGACUGGGAGUGUCUGCGCCCUGCGCCCCCGGCUGCCACCCCGAUCGUGGGCAGGUGCCAGGCGGGCGUGGCCGGUGCUUUCCACGCGUGCCAUGGCCCCACGGCCUCCCUCGGGUGCUCCAGGAGAGAUCUGAGUCUAUCCACCGGGUGUCUGCAGCUGGAGCAUAAAAACAAAGACUUCGCCUCAUGUGGAGGAAGCAGGAAACUCUUCUUUGACACACAUGCCUUAGUGUGUGUGCUGGAGCAGAAUGGGUUUACUACUCAACAAGCAGAAAUCAUUGUAUCUGCCUUGGUCAAGAUUUUGGACACCAACCUGGAUAUCGUCUACAAAGACAUGGUCACCAAGAUGCAGCAGGAGAUCACUCUUCAGCAAAUCAUGUCUCAGAUCUCUAACGUGAAAAAGGACAUGAUUAUCUUGGAGAAGAGUGAAUUUUCAGCCCUCCGAGCAGAAAACGAGAAAAUUAAACUUGAACUGCAUCAGCUAAAACAACAAGUAAUGGAUGAAGUGAUCAAAGUCCGAACAGAUACCAAAUUAGACUUUAAUCUGGAGAAGAGCAGAGUAAAAGAAUUGUACUCGAUGAAUGAAAGGAAGCUUCUGGAAAUAAGGACAGAAAUGGUGGCCCUGCAUGCCCAGCAAGACCGGGCGGUCACGCAAACUGACAGGAAGAUUGACACUGAAGUUGCCGGCCUUAAGACUAUGCUGGAGUCCCACAAACUGGACAACAUUAAAUAUUUAGCUGGGUCUGUAUUUACAUGUUUGACGGUCGCUCUGGGAUUCUAUCGCCUCUGGAUCUAAUGAAGUGUUUUUUGAAAGAGAUCCCUGUUUGGGGCCUUAAUGCCAGAUUGUUCAUCUCCCCCCAACCCAUUCUCCAAUUUUAAAUUUUAACCUUGAUGUGGAUUUCAUCCAGAUUAUUUAUUAUAUGUAAAUAUGGACAUAAAACAAAGGGAAAGAA